AUGUCUAAUCUUACAAGAACCAGUUACUCUGGUUGUCUGAUUUCAGACAAAUCRCUAGAGYAUUAUGCCAUCAUCGGCUACUUGCCCGAUUCUGUCCGUCACACCUGGAUCAUCCUUUCGGUCGUCAACAGCAUUGCUUCUCCUCUGACCAUCGUGAUUAACCUGUUAAUUAUUUGGACGGUGGUAAAGGACAGAUAUAUGAGAAAAGUCAACUACAACAUCUUGCUUGCUUCUCUGGCAGUGACUGAUUUGAUUGUAGGUCUUGUGGUUGAGCCGAUGUUUGCUUUGCGGCUGUUUUGUCUUCCCCAAGGAUGUUCAAUACCGUGUAUUUUCACCGCUUUUUUCAUAACAUCGACCAUGUGCGCUGGUGCUACGCUGAUAAUAUUCAUGGUGUCAAGCGUUGAGAGGUACCUGGCCAUACAACACACUCAGUUCUACCUGGAAAACGUCACAACCAAGAGAAUCAUUCUCACUACGGCCUUAGCAUGUUUGAUCGGUAUUAUAGCAACCCUGUCAGCUAWAAUACUUCAGGACGGCUACGGCCGAUUUAUGAAUAUUCCAAUCGCAGUGGCUGUGGGUUUGAAUGUUCUCAUCAUUUUAUUUUGCUCAAUCAAAGUACAAGUCACCGCCUACCGUCAAAGAAGAGCCAUCAACGCACAAGCAACGACAGUACAGCUGCAACAGGAAGAACAAGAAGAGCAGGAAAGGCGACUYCAGGAAUACAAGCGAGCAUUUACCAUGGGUUCAUUGUUAAUUGCAUCGAUUAUUUUCUACUGCCCAUACAUCAUCAACACCAUCCUACUAGCCAACAAUGGUAGAGACAGGUCCAGCCUUAUCUCAACUCCUGGAUUUACCGUGACGUUCAUUCAUCUACAGUCCCUGUUGAACCCGAUCAUCGUAUCGCUUCGAUURUCUUACAUUCGUGAAGUUGUGAAGAAAAAAAUAUGUUGUCGUGAGUAA